UGCUGCCUCUGUUAUUUUUUUUUUAUUUUUAAUCCUUUUCUUUUAAGCUAUAGGAUCUUCCUCUUUAUCUCAACCACUACUUUACUCAAGACAGUUUGUUGGUCGACCAGGAUCUUCUUGUUUAAUUUUUGUGGUUGAACUAUAACUUGAUCAAUACCCAUUUUUGCCCUAAUUUCUUCGGCUUCUAUUUUUUUUCUUCUGUUUACUACUGUUCGUCCUUUUUCUCUCAGCUUACCGCCUUCUGAUUUUCAUCCCAUCAAUCUGCAUUCUCUAAUUUCGAAUUUAGCCAUUUGCUGACUUCGCAAUGCCCAGAGGAAAGAACACUGGUAACAAGGGUGCAAACGCCCUCCAAACUGUCGACCUCAGCAAGCUAGAAUCCACUACGGACGAGGACUUGACUCAAAUCUUGAAGGCUCGAUAUGAACAAGAUUGCAUCUAUACACGUAUUGGAGAUCAAGCCUUGGUAUCUGUAAAUCCUAACAAGAGCCUCAGCAUUUGUACGGAUGAUCAGUCUUUAAACUAUGUAGCAGAAUACAAAGACACUAGUGGUCAGAACGCCAAUCAGCUACCCCCGCAUAUCUUCCAGCUGGUCAACCAAACAUAUUUGCACAUGCGAAGGACUGGUGUGGAUCAAAGUAUCAUUAUCAGUGGUGAUUCAGGCUCUGGUAAAACCGAUGCGCACAAGUUGGCUCUUCGUCAUCUGGUCGCCCUCAGCAGCCAUAAGAAGCCUUCCAAGAUCCAGACUCAGUUGCUGCAUUCUCAAGCUAUUCUGGAGGCCUUUGGAAAUGCAAAGACCACUCAAAACAACAAUGCAUCUCGUUUCGGACGCUAUACGGAAGUUCAAUUUUCAGAAAGAGGUCGUAUUACUGGUGCAAAACUUUUAAAUUACUUUUUAGAAAAGCGCCGCGUAACAAGCGCUCCAGAAGACGAACGUAACUUCCAUGCUUUCUACUACCUCUUGGCUGGUGUCCCGGCUGAAGAGAAAGCAGAGUUACGUUUAUCCGAUCAUUCCAGCUUCGCCUAUCUCAGUCGAUGCCGUUCUCAAACAACCGCCGAUGACGCUACCAAGUUUGAGGAACUUAAAACUUCCCUGAAAGCCUUGGGGUUCCAGAAGAAGCAUAUUGCUCGCUUGAUGCAAUUGCUUGCCGCUAUUCUUCACUUGGGAAACAUUAUCUUUGUCGACGAUCCUUCCAAAGGACAAGACGCAGCCAAUGUGAAAAAUGUCGAAGUUUUGAGUUUGGCAGCUGAUUUCCUAGGCGUGGACCCCCAUGCACUUGAAUUGGUGCUGACUUACAAAACUAAAUUGAUCAAGAAAGAUGUGACAACCGUUUUUCUCAAUGCGGAGCAGGCCAGUAAACAGAGGGAUGAAUUGGCAACAGCAUUGUAUUCGUUGAUGUUCACUUGGAUUGUUGAACAGAUCAAUAUUAAGCUGUGCAACGACAAUUUCCACAGCUUUAUUGGUAUCGUUGAUCUGCCCGGUCCUCAAACCACCCAAAGUUCAGGUCAGGCCAAAUUUGAACAAUACUGUGUCAACUACUCCAACGAGAAAUUUCAUGACUUCGUUUUGCGUCAAAUUUUCGAGCAAGACAAUGACAUUUAUGAACAAGAUGGUAUCAAGAUGCCCAAUGUGCCCUACUUUAGCAAUGCAGCCUGUGUCCAAUUGUUUGACAAACCCUCCAAUGGUCUUAACGCUAUUCUCAGCGAAUGCACCGCCAAAGCGCAAAAACGUACAGACGACAAUAUGUUGGAUUCGUUCGUGAAAUACAAUAACAACCACGAUUCCUUCUCCAAUCGAAAUGCUGAUACCGGGGCAAGACAAUUUACCGUUCAGCAUUUUGCCAAUCAAGUUGCAUACACCCCUUAUGGCUUUAUCGAGGAUAACGGUGAUGCUCUUAGUGCCGACUUUGUAAACUUAUUCCGAGGCAACGCUGAAACAUCUGGAUCAUUUAACUCGUUUGUUCUGAACCUCUUCUCUCAGCAAGCUGUUUCCACCCAAUCUCACCCCAAAAGCUCUGACGAUAUUGUGGCUGCACAACAAAUCGCUAAGCCUGGACGCGCUCCAUCCAUGCGACGUAGCAAGUCACAGCGAAAGUCGGGAACGGGUAAGACGGACCAAGACAAUCUCGUCAAGGUGAAAGGUGAUACCAAAGGCACCACUGCGGCAUCGAUUGGGGUCAUAUCACAAUUACAAUCGGCAUUGGAAGAGCUUAUCGCUACUCUGGAAGAGACCACACCAUGGUUUAUCUUCUGUCUCUCCCCCAACACGUCUGGCUCAGUAAAUAUGUUUGAUUCCAAACGUGUCAAGGCUCAAGUGCGUUCUUAUGGCCUUCCUGAAAUUGCCAAGCGAUGGGCAAAUAAUUACACCAUGAUCUUGGACCACGAAGAAUUCCUUACUCGCUAUCAGGAUAUUCUACUCAGUAUGGGGGUUGAGGAAGACAGACUUCCACGAUCGAAAUGUGAGGCGGUAGGCACCAUGUUUGGAUGGACCUCCGCCCAGAUGGCUAUUGGUAGUAUGAAUGUAUAUUUAAGUGAGUCGUCAUGGCGAAACCUAGAAGACAGUUUGCGUGGCCAAGAUAAAGAGGAGCAGCGAAAGGCUAAAGAGGAAAGAAAGAAAGACGAUGGAUCAGAAUUGAUUCCAGCAGUAGCAGGUGGAGCAGCUGCUGGUGGCCUUCUCAACGUGUAUGAAGAGAAAUCAGGCUUUUCUGAAGAUCAACACUCAUAUUACUCUGAAGACGAAUAUGCUCAAGACGAACAAUAUAGCGGAUAUCAAGAGAAUGAAUCCACUUUCGGCUCAGAGGCGUAUGGAAAUGUUCCUGGACGUGAAAUGGAAACCAAGCGAAUGCUGCCCAACGAUACCGACGCUGUUGAUAUCGACCAAACAGAAAACAAACCAACGGCUGGUCGUCGAAGGUGGCUUUGGUUCGUUAUGUUCUUGACUUGGUGGGUUCCCAAACCUUUCAUGAUCUGGUGUGGACGAAUGAAGCGCAAGGAUAUCCGUGUGGCAUGGCGCGAAAAGUUUGCUCUGUGUAUCAUCAUUUUCUUGAUGUCGGCAUUCAUCAUUUGGUUCUUGGUCUUCUUUGGUGAAUUGAUUUGUCCUCAUCAAGAUGUCUAUUCGCAAUCCGAACUUCAAUCUCACAAUGACAAAAAUGGUGCCUAUGUUGCUAUACGUGGUGAGGUAUUCGAUCUGACGUCCUUUGCACCUCAUCAUUGGGCUAUCGAUGUUAUCCCAGUUAGUUCAAUUCUCAACAAUUACAUGGGCACCGAUGCAACCAACUUGUUCCCCGUGCAAGUCUCUGCCUUGUGCGAUGGUACAACUGGCUCCGUCUCUCCAUUUGUGUCUCUCGACUAUCAGAUCAACCUUACCGAUACCAAUGCUCAAUACCAUGACUUCCGUUACUUCACAAAUGAUUACAGACCUGACUGGUAUUUCGAGCAAAUGCAAAUGAUGCGAAAGCUCUACAAAGUUGGCAGAAUGGCAUUUGAUCCCAGCGAUGUUUACAAGCAAGCUACCACCAGUACAGUUAUGAAUGGCAUUUCAGCUUACCGGCAAUGGGCUAUCCUGAACAACAACGUCUAUGAUCUUACUUAUUAUAUCAUGGGUGGUCGCUACUUGAAAGGCCCCAACAAUCAAACCGCUCCCGCAGGAACGUCAACAGACUUUUUGGAUACCUCAGUGGUCGAACUCUUCCGUCAGCUGGCCGGGCAAGAUAUUACCGAUAGUUGGAACAAAUUGCCAUUGGAUUCUGCGCUUCGAGAUCGUAUGGAAGUGUGUCUUCAAAAUCUCUUCCAAGUUGGUGUAGUCGAUAGUCGCAAUUCAGCUCGCUGCUUGUUCUCAGAAUAUCUGUUGCUUAUUAUCACUGUUCUCCUUUGUGCGGUCAUCGUCUUCAAAUUCCUUGCCGCAUUGCAACUUGGAAGUCGGCGUGAACCGGAGGAGUACGACAAAUUCAUCAUCUGUCAAGUACCUUGUUACACUGAAAGUGAAGAAUCUCUCAAGAAGACCAUCGAUUCUAUUGCCGUGCUUAAAUACGACGACAAGCGAAAGUUACUCUUCAUUAUUUGCGAUGGUAUGUUGAUCGGUAGCGGAAAUGACCGUCCAACACCUCGUAUUGUGUUGGAUAUUCUUGGCGUUGAUCCUAAUGUCGAUCCGGAGCCACUUUCUUUCCUUUCUCUUGGUGAAGGUCAAAAGCAACAUAACAUGGGCAAGGUGUACUCUGGUCUUUAUGAAAUUGCUGGUCACGUUGUGCCAUAUAUCGUGGUAGCCAAGGUUGGCAAACCUAGCGAACGUCAAAAGCCUGGUAACCGUGGUAAACGUGAUUCUCAAAUGAUCUUGAUGCGAUUCCUCAACAAGGUUCACUUUGACUCUGCCAUGACGCCUAUGGACCUGGAAAUUUUCCAUCAGAUCAAAAACGUUAUUGGUGUGAAUCCUUCCUUCUAUGAAUUCAUUUUGAUGGUGGAUGCUGAUACGGAGGUCUUACCUGAUGCUCUUAACCGUAUGGUGUCUUGUUUUGUACACGAUGCCAAGGUGAUCGGUCUGUGUGGAGAAACUACCCUGGCUAACGAAAAGGACUCUUGGGUCACCAUGAUCCAAGUUUACGAAUACUAUAUUUCCCAUCAUCUUACCAAAGCUUUCGAGUCUUUGUUUGGAUCGGUCACCUGUUUACCUGGUUGUUUCUCCAUGUAUCGCGUUCGUUCAGCCUUGAAAAAUCAACCUUUAUUGGUUUCUAAUCAAGUUAUACAAGAUUAUGAGGUUAACGUUGUCGACACUUUGCACAAGAAGAACUUGCUUCAUUUGGGUGAGGAUCGUUAUUUGACGACCUUGAUUCUCAAGCACUUUCCCAACUACAAGACCAAGUUCACUCCUGACGCUACUUGUAAAACUAACGCUCCGGACACCUGGUCUAUUCUUCUUUCCCAAAGACGUCGGUGGAUUAACUCUACCGUUCAUAACUUGGGUGAGCUGGUCUUCUUGCCUCAAUUGUGUGGUUUCUGCUGUUUCUCUAUGCGGUUUGUUGUCUUCAUCGAUCUUAUCAGUACCCUCGUGAUGCCUGCUACCGUUGGUUAUAUGGCCUAUUUGAUUUACGAAUUGGCGACCUCUCCUAAUGGUGUUCCCGUCUGGUCUAUUGUCACUAUUGCUGCCGUUUAUGGUCUUCAAGCCUUUAUCUUCAUCAUCAAUCGCAAGUGGGAACAUAUUGGAUGGAUGAUCGUCAGCAUCUUCGCUAUCCCUGUCUUCUCCCUCUAUAUUCCAGUGUACUCUUUCUGGCAUUUCGAUGACUUCUCUUGGGGUAACACUCGUGUUGUGGUUGGAGAAAGUGGAAAGCGAGUGCUUGUUCCUGAAGAUCAAGGCAAAUUUGAUCCCAAGUCCAUCCCAACCAUGACCUGGACGCAGUAUGAAGAAGGCUUAUUCCGAGAAGACGGAGCAGGAGCUUGGAAUGAUAAUGCAUCUGUUGGAUCUCAUCGUACGGGUUACACUCAAGGCAGCUACCGUAGCCAUCCUUCCCACCAAAUGGCCGCCCAGUCGGCUUAUGGCGAAGGAGCCUCCAUGUAUGAUGAACAACUCUAUGGUGGACGUAGCCGAUCAAGGUCGCCCGCACCUAUGGUACCUUUCAAUGAUGCUGCAUCUUUCCAUCCGUCUCUUGGUGGAGGCAUGGGUAUGAAUCCACGCAUGUCUACGGCUUACUCUGAUAUGAUGAGUCAACGCGGACCUGCAUUCGGAUCGCAAGCAGACUUUAGUGCUUACGCUAUGUCAAGACCUGGUAGCACCAUGAUGCCGGCGUCAUCGUCAAUGAUGGACUAUUACGGAGCAGCAACCUCUGGAUCGGUUCAAGGCGAGGCCAUGCCAUCGAACGAGCAGAUCAUGGACGAAGUUCGUAACAUUCUUGCCAAUGCCGAUCUCAUGUCCAUUACCAAGAAGCAAGUCAGAGACAGACUAAGUGAAAUGUUCGGAGUUCCCAUGUCCAGCAAGAAGGAGUACAUCAAUAGCUGUAUUGAGACCGUCUUGCGCGGAGACAACUAAACCAGCAGCAUUUCAUCAUGAUAUCCGGAUGAAUCAAUCCUACCUACAAAAAAAAAAAAAAGACUACUACAGCCCCUCCAUUAUUCUAUAACUCCCAACAUCGAAUAGACAAACACCCAUUUCAUAUUCCCUCUUCAUUCACUCUUUUCUUUCACAUAUGCUGUUGUAUUUCUUUCCUUGUCUUACCUUGUCUAUUCAUACUGAUCUUUUAUUUGAAGUCCUCCACAAUUGUAUACAACACCGCAAAUUUUUUCCUUCUUCUCCCACAAUUGAAAACCAAUUCACCUAACUAAAAAAUUUCAAUACACAGCAAAAUAAAUACAUUGCAUCUCUCAUAAGAGGAUUUGUCAAAACUGGA